AUGGAAAAAAAAUCUGUCGCUGAACUUUUCCUAUGGAUACAGAAGCAUCUGCGCGCGGUAAGCUCAGGUCUCUCGAUCGACAGUCCGGAUGCUGUGAAUCCUUCACGAUGGCGUGGUAAAAAUCGUCUUGGAACUCUUAUGGAUGCCGUGCGAGAGAAGUUAUGGGUCAUGGAAGAAUAUAGACCUUUGCGUGAGGAAGUCGAGAAUCAAAUGAAUUUAUUUUCUGGAUAUGCUGAUUUAUAUUUCUCGUCAAGAAUAACAAGAUCUCGUCACUCGAUUAGUGCUCCUGAAGUGGGCUCAGAUUCGCAGAGUUCUUAUGGUUCUAGUCGGCGUCAUACUAUCGAUAGCGCUCUGCGGAAACGAAGUACAGAAGCUGAAGAAGACCUGAUCGCCGCUGUGUAUGUGGAAAAACGACGUCGGAGUCAGAAUAAGUCGGAAAUGAGCGGCACUUAUGACCAUUCAGAUGUGGCGCCGCCGUCCCGAAAACGAUUCCUGUCGAACGAUGAAAAGAACCCAUCAUCAUCGAAAUAUGCCUCUGAUCAGCUUCACAAUGCGAAUCAUAAUGGUGAUGAUGCUGGGCGACAUCCUAGGAGAUCAGUUGAAUCUUCCGUAGCAAGUACUAGCAAAUCGACAGCUCUCCUAGACGUAGUGGAUCCUUCCUUACAAGAAAUUCUGCUCCCUGGCGAUGUGUCGGAAAAGGAUGAUGUGUUGUCUUCACCUGAGGACGAUUUGCCUGCUCAGGACGAAGCAAGCACUCAAGCGAAGAUUAAGGAGGAUGUUGCGGAAAGGCUAAGGAACGCCUGUAAAGGAAGCGAUUCAGUCCCACCAAAUGAAGAAAAGUCUGAAGAUACAGAGUUCAGAAUGCGGAAGAAGUUAACUGCGAAAAGAAUGACAUCAGAAAAAGAAGAUGACAGAGUAGGUCACGAUUUUAAUUUGUGCUUGUUCGUUAUCGGUUUCUUGGUCUUUACCAUACUUUGGGUUUUUUCGCUUUACUAG